UUUGCGCUACAGCCGCUGCUCAAAUGGGAAGACUUGGACAACCGGAUGGGAACCUUCCCCCCCGUGAGAACAAAGCUCAAAUUACUUGAGAACCUAGUAUAUCUAGAGGAAGGCGGCACGUGUUCCUGUGAGCUAGGAGAUCGGUUAUAUUUUGCUACUUUGAGGAAUAGACCGAAAAGCACAGUAAACACCCACUGUUUCUCCAUCGACGAGGAGCUGGUCUAUGAAAAUUUCUAUGCAGAUUUUGGACCUGUGAACUUGGCAAUGGUGUACAGAUACUGCUGUAAGCUAAACAAGAAACUAAAAUCAUACAGCUUGUCAAGAAAGAAAAUAGUACACUACACCUGUUUUGAUCAGCGGAAAAGAGCAAAUGCAGCCUUUCUGAUAGGUGCUUAUGCUGUGAUCUACUUAAAGAAGACACCAGAAGAAGCUUACAGAGCACUCCUAUCAGGCUCAAAUCCCCCGUAUCUUCCAUUCAGGGAUGCUUCCUUUGGAAACUGCACUUACAAUCUUACCAUCCUCGACUGUUUGCAGGGAAUCAGAAAGGGAUUACAACAUGGAUUUUUUGACUUUGAGACAUUUGAUGUGGAUGAAUAUGAACAUUAUGAGCGAGUUGAAAAUGGCGACUUCAACUGGAUUGUUCCAGGAAAAUUUUUAGCAUUUAGUGGACCACAUCCAAAAAGCAAAAUUGAAAAUGGUUAUCCUCUUCAUGCUCCUGAAGCCUAUUUUCCUUAUUUCAAAAAGCACAACGUAACUGCAAUUGUGAGGCUGAACAAAAAGAUCUAUGAGGCCAAGCGCUUCACGGACGCUGGCUUUGAGCAUUAUGACCUGUUCUUCAUCGAUGGUAGCACCCCCAGUGACAACAUUGUACGCAGGUUCCUGAACAUCUGUGAGAACACAGAAGGAGCGAUUGCGGUUCACUGCAAAGCUGGUCUUGGAAGAACAGGGACAUUGAUAGCCUGUUAUGUCAUGAAACACUACAGGUUUACACAUGCUGAAAUAAUUGCGUGGGUCAGAAUAUGCCGGCCAGGUUCCAUUAUAGGACCCCAGCAACACUUCCUGGAAGAAAAACAGGCAACCUUAUGGGUCCAAGGAGACAUUUUCCGAUCCAAACUGAAAAGCAGUUCAUCCAGUGAAGGAAGUAUUAAUAAGAUUCUUUCUAGCUUGGAAGAUAUGUCUAUUUGUGGAACUUUAGCUAAAAUACAAAAUGUAGAGAGAUUUGGAGAGAACAAUUUGGAUGAGGAUGAAGAUGUAGAAAUGAAAAAUAAUAUAACCCAGGGAGAUAAACUACGUGCCUUAAAAAGUCAAAGACAGCCACGUACCUCACCAUCCUGUGCAUUUAGGUUGGAUGAUACAAAAGGGCACCCAAGAGCAAUGUCCCAGCCUUUCAGAUUAAGUUCUUCCCCCAAAGGAUCUACAUCUAGUUUGAAGACUGCAAAAGUGGCUCUGUCUCCUUCAGCAACAGCCAAGAGAAUAAACAGAAGCUCUUUGUCCACAGGCUCCAGUGUAAGAAGCUUUUCCAUAAACUCCCGCCUAGCCAGUUCUCUAGGGAACCUGAAUGCUGCAACAGAUGAUCCAGAGAACAGAAAGACCUCCUCAUCCUCCAAGGCAGGUUUCGUCGCCAGCCCCUUCAUCAGCCUCCUGAAUGGCAGCCCCCAGCCGCUGCCUGCCAGAAAUUACCCUGAGCUCAACAACAACCAGUACAACAGAAGCAACAGCAGCAGUGGGAACACCCUGAACAACUCACCAACCCCCCUCAGCACCAAGACAGAGGAGCAUACCACCGUCCUCAGACCCUCCUACACUGGCGGCCUUUCUUCUUCUUCCAUGAGAUUCCUGAGCCGUUCAAUCCCUUCCCUUCAGUCUGAAUAUGUUCAUUACUAAGGCCUUACCACUCCAGUGAAAGCUGUUCUACUCUUAGACACAAUUUCUUCAUCUGGACAAGCAAUGCAGAGGGAAAGCAACUGCUUGUGGAAGAAUCCCUCUCUGCCUUCUUACCUUAAGUUAAAGGGAGCGCUAAGAUAAGACCUGCAAGAGACUUGAAACCAGAAAACUGGUUAAUGACUACUAUAAAUGCACUGAAACUGUUUAUGGUGAUGUCAACACUUUCAAAGACAAUUUUAAUGUUGAAUUUGGUAUUUUGAAAGGUUAUUUUUAAUGUAUUUCAGUAAUGCAUUUGUUACUAUAUUUACAUGUACAGUGUUACAUUAUGUAUGUAUUGUGAACUUUAAAAGGCUAUUUUGAUAAAUUUAUAAAUAUAUAAAAUUAUGUAAAAACUGGACUAUAUUUUGACUUAGAUUUUCUUGCUCUUUGCUACCAAAAAUUUGUAUUUUGAAUUUGUUUAGUAUGGUUUUGUCUACGAUGAAUAAAUAAUUCCUCUCUAUAAAGAAAAAGGGAUACAGUUUUUAGAAAAUGAUUUUUAUGGUCCCACUACAAAUAUUGUGGAUCAUUUUAUUCUUUGGUGCACCAGUUGAAGUUUAUCCAAGUUUAGCAAAGUAUAAUCAUCUGCUAUGGCUUAUUUAGACCGUUUCCCUUCACUUUGUUUUUGUUACUGAGCCAUUUAGUUUUGCCUCUUUGGGGGCUUUAAGUAAAUUUAACAUUCAAUAGAAGAUCAGAAUUCACUGAAUGUUUCUCCUGACAGCAUGUUUUUUUUUCCUUCUGGAAAUGAUUUAACAUUCCAAGUGCUUUUGUUUCUUCCUCUUCCCCCCCCCCCCCAAGAGAAUUAGAAUAUUCUGCUUCUGAUACCAAGUUGAUUGACUAGUCACACACAACUGGCACUAGUUUUAAGUCAAAGAAGAGAAAUAAAUAAAGAUGAAUAAAAUAAAUAAAUAAAUAAUAAAGAUGCUGCUAAGUUGUUCUCUAUAUUAAAGGAGAUAUGUUUAAAGCAGAAUACAAACCCAGACACACAAACUAACAACAUAAAAAUGAAGGGACUUCUUAAAAUAGCUACUCACAGCCCUCCUCCCAUGUAAGUGUAACCUUACAUUUAGGCCUCCAGAAGCCUGUAAGCUUCAUUUCUCUGGGGAGUUUGGGAGCCUUAUUAGAUCCUGAUUCUCUUCCACGCUGCUUCAGAAUGGUCUACUCGGAGACAGUUAGAUGGCUGCAUAUGAAGUGCUUUAUUCUCAACCAUUGAGCUAUUUAUAAUGUAUUUAUUAGGAGGGGGUACUUUGAGACUGUUAUUUAUGCUUCAGCAGAACAUCUUGUUUGUGUUUUACAUUUUGUUAAGAGGCAUUUGAAUGAAUGAUUGACUCAGGUUGUUUAACUUAACCUCCAGUAACUGCAGUACCAAAUAAUUGCACUAAAUGGAUUAAAAACUGAAUUCUAUGUUUUAUGGAUCAAAAAUUAAAAUGGGUGGAAUUAAACUGUGUACUUUUUCUAAAGCUGAAAUAGUAAAAUAUUUUAUUAUGAGUUAUUAAAAAGAUUGUAUAGGAAAAUAAAUGAUAGUAUUUUUUUAAAGUAUCAGUGGAAAGUAAUUCAGAUAUUUGAAAAAUAGAGGGAGGUGGAACCACGUUAACGAUUUUAGUUCUGUGAACAUUAAUUUGUGUGUAACUAUAAGAUGAUCAUAAAACUGGCUAUUGUAAAUUUUCCUUAAUUGUGUGUGUAUAAGUUAUGUGUAUCUACAUGUGUAUGUCUUAAAAUUAUUUAUACACAUGUGAUACAUAGACAAACCAAGAAUGUAUAUAGUAUAGAAAAUAUGUAUGUAUAUAGUAUAGAAAAUAUGUAGCUAAGUAAUCCUACUCCAAAAUACAAAUAGUUUGACAUGUAUUUUGUUAAUGAAUAAUUUACUUUCCAAAAAUAUCUUGUUCUAUUUUAAAGUGUAGGGAAAUACACUGCUAAUAAAUAAUAAAAGUUUUAUGGAUUUAU